AUGUUACAAAGUUUAAGGUCACCUGGAAUACCGAGCACUGAUAUAAAGCAAGGUUCUGUUAAUUCUGUGUUUAAUCUCACACCAAUCCCCUCAUUUUUAUCCGAUGAAAGUAAUGGUGAUCUUGAUCAGAGAAAUAAUUAUUUUCAGCAGUUGUCAAAUUCUAAGUCAGAUACAAUUGAUAUGACUUCAUUUACUGCAGUAACCAGCUGUUUAAAUCCUUUUUCUGCUGAACCAUUAUCAUUAGUCACUAAUUCAAACUGUCUCAAAAAAUCUAGACGUCAUGGUGCAGGGAAUAAAAAGUCACGUAUGAAUACUUUGAAUACUAAUUCUGGAUUACCAGUUGUUUGCGAUAGUAGUACAGACAUAAUACCAACCCAAGGUAUGUUCAAUGAUCCAAGUAAAAACAGUGUAAAGCGACCACGUAACUUAACGGGACGUGGAAACUCAGAUUUGUCUGCUAAAAAUCCUUCUAGUGUUUAUAAUAGUGAGAAUUAUCCAACUGCAAAUCAACAGGCAUAUCGUGGAGAUUCUAAUAAGUGUUUUAGCGGUAAAGUUGAAUCUUUGGUUAUUGAUGAUGCAGAUGAUACUAGUGAUCAUUCAGAAUCACUUAGCACAGGAACUGGUCAUGCUCAUCAUUUGAAAUUGGAGAGAAAGCGUGCUCGUAAUCGUGUUGCUGCACGUCGUUGUCGUGAACGUAAAAUAUCACUUAUCAGAUCGUUAGAAAAUCAAGUAGCUGAACGUGAUGCUCAAGUAAGAAAUUUAGAGGAUACACUAGCUCGGUAUAGAGCUGAAGGUGAACAAUUAAGAUUACAUGUAGAAAUGCUAGCAAGUUCAUAUCCUAGUUUAAAAGCUGAGUUAUAUCGGUUUCCUUUUCUUUUCCAACCAUCAUCGUCGCAUGCACAACCACCACCGCCUCAACAACAACAGCAACAACAAACUUCUAAUCAAAAUACUCCAUUAAAAUCGGAACUUCCAGACACAUCAUCGUCAAAGCAUUUCACUUGAAAAGGUCGAAUAAUUACAACUAAAAAUACCAUCGAUAUAUUUUUAUAGUUUC